AUGGCGGCUGUUGAGUUUAGUGAGUAUGCGCUUAGCUGGUGGGAUCAGUUGGUGACUUCACGAAGACGUAAUGGCGAAUAUCCGAUUGAGACUUGGGCUGAGAUGAAGGCUAUCAUGAGGAGAAGGUUUGUUCCGGGCCAUUACCACCGCGAUCUGCAUCAAAAGCUAAGGAGACUGACUCAGGGAAGUCGAAGUGUGGAGGAUUACUAUCAAGAGAUGGAGAUUCUUUUGAUAAGAGCUGAUGUGGUUGAGGACCGAGAAGCUACUAUGGCUAGAUUCAUGAGUGGGUUGAACCGAGAUGUCCAAGAUAGGCUUGAGAUGGAGCAUUAUGUGGAGCUUGAAGAGAUGUUACAUAAAGCAAUCUUGGUGGAAAAGCAACUCAAGAGAAGAAGUUCUACGCGGAUAACUUAUGGUGCUGGUUCAUCUAACCCAAAAACAAGUUACCAGAAGGAAGAAAAGCCAGUUGCUAUUCCAAAGGCUGAAGCGAAGCCAAUUGUUGUCAAUCAAGUUACCAAGGACAAAAUUGAGGCUACCAGAACCCGAGCUCGUGAUGUGACGUGUUAUAAGUGUCAUGGGAGAGGACACUAUGCGCAUGAAUGUUCCAACAGAAGAACCAUGAUUCUCUUGGAGAAUGGAGAGUUUGAAUCAGAAAAUGAAGAGGUGGUUUCUGAUUCACUAGAAGAACUUGAAGAAAUUCCAGCAAAGGGUGAGAUAUUGGUGGCAAGGAGAUCACUUAGUGUUCAAACUAUGAUUGUGGAACAUGAGCAAAGGGAGAAUCUAUUUCAUACAAGGUGCCAUGUCCGAGAUAAGGUAUGUUGUCUCAUAAUUGAUGGCGGGAGUUGUACUAAUGUGGCGAGUGAAACAAUGGUCAAGAAGCUUGGGCUAACUACGGAGAAACACCCGAAGCCAUAUAAGCUGCAAUGGCUUAAUGAUGAUGGUGAGAUGAAGGUUAGUAUCCAAGUAAAGGUUCCUAUUGUCAUUGGGAAAUAUGAGGAUGAGGUUUUGUGCGAUGUUCUACCUAUGGAGGCAAGUCAUAUUCUUUUGGGAAGACCAUGGCAAUCUGACCGGAGAACAAGCCAUGAUGGUUUCACCAAUCGUUAUUCUUUUGAGUUCAAAGGCAAGAAGAUCAUUUUAGUUCCGUUGACACCUCAUGAAGUUUAUCAAGAUCAGUUGAUUCUCAAGCAGAGGAAAGAAACAAACACCAUGAGCGACCCCACAAACACAAUUCACCAAAAAGAGAGCGAGAGUUUGAGAAAAACCAAGUCAAAGGCCUGUGAGAGAAAACCUGUGAGGCAUUCAAAUUUCUUUGUGAGAAAAGGAGAGGUUAAGAGAGCUUUAUUUUCAAAACAACCUUUGAUCAUGUUUGUUUUCAAAGAAACUCUCAUGAAUUUUUCUGACCUUGCAUCGGUGUUACCGAGUGAGAUAACCUUUCUUUUGCAGGAUUUUGAGGACGUAUUCCCGGAGGACAAUCCGAAAGGUUUACCACCUAUCCGUGGUAUUGAACACCAAAUAGACUUUGUUCCUGGUGCAUCACUUCCAAACCGACCAGCUUAUAGGACUAAUCCUGUGGAGACAUUGGAGUUGCAAAGACAAGAUAAUGAGCUCAUGGAGAAGGGACAUGUUAGAGAGAGCAUGAGCCCAUGUGCAGUCCCAUUCCUAAUUGUGCCCAAAAAGGAUGGAAGUUGGCGCAUGUGUGUUGAUUGUAGAGCUAUCAACAACAUCACGGUAAAGUAUCCACAUCCUAUUUCUACUCAGCCUUUGCAUGAUAUUUCUAUGGAUUUUGUGCUUGGUUUGCCUAGAACUAGGACUGGUAAAGAUUCAGUUUUUGUGGUUAUUGAUCGAUUUUCAAAAAUGGCGCAUUUCAUACCUUGUCACAAAACUGAUAAUGCUUUGCAUGUUGCUGAGUUGUUCUUCAAAGAAAUUGGACUAAGUUACUAUUCUCCACUACUUGUCAUCCACAAACUGAUGGUCAAACUGAAGUAG